UCAGUCAUACAUGGUCCUAUCUUCCUAUCGUCGUCCUCGAACUGAUGGGAGCAGCCUUGCCAAGCAUGCAGCUACCGAACGACUCGUCGAAUAAACGUCAUUGUUUGCAUUAUCGAUAUGCGCGAUCUCCCCAGAGCCCACCCCGGCGUCUCCUGCCAUGUGCGAUUUGCUCCGUCUCGAUGAUCCACAAGCGGCUUCCUCAUGCUUUUCCAGUAAAGUGUGGAGCAGAUACUGGGAAGCUGCAGGAACGGAAGUCGUUGCUGUGUCGACUAUGCUUGUUUAGGCUGCUGUCAAGACGGGCUUCCUUAUCAGCUUCCCGUUGAACGCGUUUUCGUCUUCUCGAUUUGGCGCGUAUAAGAACGCCCAUGAAGAGCGGAAGAGCAAGGUGAGUGACCUUCCAUCCGUCUAAACUGUACCCUCAAGACGAGAAAAAUGCGUUUCGUAGUUCUCUCAGCGCUCGUGAGCGCCGUAACUUUUGCCUCUGCCCGCACCGUUGGUCCCUUCACAGGUACCAUCAUCAAAGGCCAGCAAUUCCCUACUUUGAUAGAGGUGGACCUUGAGCAGCUCCAAGAUGGCCUUGAGAGCGGUCUUUUCACCUCCCAAGAUCUGGUCGCGGCAUACGUCGCCCGCAUCAAUGAGGUCAACAGCACGCUUCACAUGGUUACGGAGCUCAACCCCGACGCAAUGGCCAUUGCGAAGACUGCAGAUGCUCUGCGCGCCAAUGGCACGCUCCUCGGGCCUCUCCACGGCAUCCCGAUCCUCAUUAAGAACAACAUUGCCACAAACGACAAGAUGAACAACACGGCUGGAUCCUGGUCGCUGGUGGGCAGCAAGGUUCCCAGAGACAGCACAAUGGCUGCGAAGCUGAGGAAGGCUGGCGCCAUCAUUCUCGGCAAGACCAACCUUAGCCAGUGGGCGAAUUACCGGUCGCAGAACACCAGCAACGGUUGGUCAGCAUACGGAGGUCAGACUUAUGGGGCGUACUUCCCAGGUCAAGAUCCGAGCGGCAGCUCAUCGGGCUCUGGUGUCUCGAGCUCGAUUGGUCUCGCUCUGGCUGCGCUCGGAACCGAGACUUCUGGCUCCAUUCUCAGCCCCAGCAGUCAGAACAAUCUGGUGGGUAUCAAGCCCACAGUGGGCUUGACGAGCCGCUACUUGGUCAUUCCGAUCAGCGAACAUCAGGAUACCAUUGGCCCUAUGGCUCGCUCCGUUAAGGACGCUGCCUACCUGCUCCAAGCCAUUGCCGGGCCGGAUCAGUACGACAACUACACUUCCGCCAUCCCGUGGGCAAAGACGGGCGCUGCUCCGGACUACGUGGCCGCGUGCAACUAUAAUGCAUUCGCCGGCAAACGCAUUGGUAUCGCACGCAACGUCCUCGCUCUCAACCCACCGCAGCCGGCUGUCCUUGCCGCAUUCAACACGGCUGUCGCUCAGAUCAAAGCCGCUGGCGCCACGAUCGUCGAUGCCAACUUCACGGGAUACCAGCAGUAUCUGAGCAAUGGCAACUCUUCGAUCGUAUUGGAAGCCGACUUCGUCUCCGAUUUGGCCAACUAUCUCAGCCAGCUAACAUACAAUCCAAACAACAUUCACAACCUCACCGACGAGCGUAACUUUACCCAGUCCUUCCCGGCGGAGAUGUACCCGACGCGUGACACCAGGAUCUGGGACGCCGCACUCGCACUCGGCUUCAAUAACAGCGACGCCAGGUUUGCGGCCGCAUACAACGUGACGACGUACUUCGGAGGCGUGGGUGGCAUCCUGGGAGCCAUUGCCGACAACAAUGUCAGCGCCGUCCUCCUCCCCACGCCGCUUAGCCCUGGCAUUCCGGCACUCAUUGGCAGCCCGGUGAUAACGGUGCCCAUGGGUUUCUACCCCGCCAACACAUCGGUUGUGAUGAACGGCUUCGGCAACCUAGUCGCUCGCGGACCGAACUUUCCUUUCGGCCUGUCGUUCAUGGGCGCGAAGUGGAGCGAGGCGGACCUCAUCGGCUUUGCUUAUGCAUACGAGCAGCGGACUUUCCACCGGAAUGAUGUCCAGCCGUAUCUGGUCCCGAACAUUGAGAUUAACGACGUUGUUUCAUGACUGGGCGUGUCAGUGAUCGACGAGGAGAAGAUGUGUAGUCGGAAGUGGGCUGAGAGGUGUGAUGACUUUGAGAAGGUACCAGAAGAGAUGGUCAAAAAAGGAGCGCCAAGGGAAAAGAGUUACUGGGAGGAAAUCUUCGAGAGAACGGGCAGGGGUGAUGGUUCUCCUCCUCUGGACACAGAACAGCAGACGUAGAAGGCUCAGCAGUGAAGAUCAUCUUGCUGUCUCAUACUGUGCAUCAAUCCGUGUGUCGCACAUUAAGUCUAGCUGGAGCUGUGAGUUCAUGUGGGAACUUCUUGCGUAGAGUCAGUACCAGAGUAACUACCGUAACUCCAAGCGCGA